AGGUGCUGGGCGGUUUUAGAGAUUGUACCACAGACUGAUUGUUUAGCAAUCCGUAUGGGUAGAGAUAUUGAUGGCAAUCACACUGAGUCUAAUACACAUCAUGAUUCAGCUAUUAUUACUACAGUACCAACUGUUACAGAUCAUCAAACAGAAAGCAUUAUGUCCAUAUUACUUUCAACAACUUCAAAAUAUUUAGUCAGUUGUUUUCAAAAUGUUUCAUUAUUUAAUUCAAAGCAAGAAGGAGAGAUUGCUACUGUUCCACUAACAAAUAUUAUCAAAGAGGAAUAUCCACAAUUUAAUUGGGUUGCUAUGUUAAUACAAAUAUUUAUUAUGAUCAGUAUCACAGUUUCUUUUUUAACCAUUGGAUCGGCCAUGGUACAUACAUUAUCUGGCUGGUUAGAUUCCCUCUGGACACAGGAUCAUUUCAUCAGUUAUGCUGCAGUUGAUGUAAAAAGGAAAUGUUAUUGUUCUUCUGGAAAAUGGUGA